AUGAGUUCCUCGUGUCCAGUAGCUUACAGUCAAAUAGAAGAUUUGGCAGGGAAGAACAUCACAGAAGAAGACGAAUUAAAAUGGCCAUGUGCAUUACGCGUGUUUUGGGUAGAUCUUCUGCCGUUUGUGGAACUAGUUCGAGGCUUGCUGUCGUAUGGCACGUCCAUCAUCGUUGCAUUCGGUCUGAUUUUCAACAUCAUUUCGUUUGUCGUGCUGACAAGAAAACACAUGCGGAAGUCCACCACCAAUAUGUAUCUUUCUGUAUUGGCAGCAUACGAUUGUCUCUCCUUGACUCUGAAUUUUAUGAUUGGAGUACUUCGAGGACAGAAUCCUGAUACCGUGAACAAAGAUUUUCAACGUUCGGAAGGCCUCUGCACUUUUCAUGGUGUGAUCGUUGAGUUAUUCAAUCUACUUUCGGUGUGGCUGAUAGUCGCUUUCACGGUUGAACGCUUCAUCAUGGUGAAAUUUCCAUUAAAAGCCAAAAGUCUAACUCCAAGGAGGGCGAUGUACGCAAUCAUUGUUGUCUCGGUGUGUGUAUUCAUUUUUUCGUUGCACAAGAUUGCCGUCUCUGGGUUUGAGGGAGAUUCGGUUUUUGGGUAUAAGGCCUGCAAGACACGGCGAGCGAUAUUUCCGGAGAUCAUUUAUUUUUAUGUUGCGUUCAACACAUGGUUACCAACUUUCGUUAUUGUGAGUCUCAACAGUAUGAUCAUCAUCGAAAUAAAAAAGAACCAAAAGAAACGAAAAGAAAUGACAUCGAAUGCCAAUGCUAUGUCCAAAUCCGACGAAAAGGCUACAAAGUUGCUGUUAGCCGUAUCUUCAGCAUAUGUCAUACUCAUUUUACCUCUUGGCUUGAUUCAGACCACAGAACUGAUUUGGAACGGCUCGGCAAAAGUCGCACCCGGACACGCAGACUACGUUGACUUCAUGACCACCAAAAUGAGACUGAAAUGGGCAAGGGCAUUCUUUUUCUUCUUCUACCAGUUUAACUUUGCCAUUAACUUUUUUCUGUACGUAUUCUCGUCGUCUGCGACUCGAUUUCGCGCGACUUUGAAGAAGAUACUCGGAAUGAAGGUCAAAACAGAAGACAUGACAUGGAUCUCUCAGUCACAUGCAACCAAAAAGAAUGCUGUCGCUCCUGCUAAAUCGGAGGUAUCUGAGGUUCCGAAGACAUCAAAGCCUGAUGAUGCAGCUGACAACGCUUGAUAUUAUUUGAAAUGCCACGAUUUCGAUCUUUCGACAAAAGAGUCUUCUUUUUUUCUAUCACAUCUGUAUCGUAUUUUGAUAUACAGAACGAAAAUAAUUAUUGAGAAAAUCGUACGGUUUUACAACCUUUUGUACAUAUGCAUUGUGUUUAAUUCUUUAUCGAAUAUGCUCUUUCGAUACAUCAAUCGUUAGCUCUGCUAACGAACAUUGCUGCAAGUGAUACCCAUCUCUGAAUAUAUCGUAUGUCAAUCAUGAUUAAAUUUUAUGAUUUUUAGCAGCUGCAUAUCUACGUGUUAUGGUAGCUCUACAUUGAUGAGGAAUAUUGCUCUCAAACUACUCUUGUGUGGAUUCCGUCCUGUUAUACAUGCAGAAAUUUAAUAUACUGUCUAUAUAUCAUAUCAAGACAUAUCAUUCAGUGAUUUCAAUAGAACUUGGUAUAUGCACUAGUAGUAUGAAAAUGAUAUAUUGCCAAUUAGUAGCGCAAUAUGUAUGGGGUGGGUGGGUUGAAAAGUGUUUGUUGCAUUAAUCUGAUGCUUGUCUAUUUUGAAUUGAAAUAUAUCAAUAUCUACAUACUACAUGUUUUUAAAGUACUUGUGCAUAUGCUUAGAAUCAAUCGGGAACGUUAAAAAUGUGGUAAUUUGAAUAUCCCUAUUCUUAAUUAUAGUUCCUGUUCACCUCAAUUUUUAUGUUGUAAAAUCAACAAUUUUUGUGAUGACUUUUGUGGUUCCGAUACGCCUUUGAUUUUCCGAUCCACCACGAUCAAAAUAAACAAAUUACCAUAAGGACUUUUGUGAUAACGAUACACAGAUGUUUUCAGUAAAACUAAACCAAUAACUUUUCAACAAUGAAAUCAACUUAUUGCUAUAAUCAAGACUAAAUAUUGUAUCGUAACCCCUAUACAACAAACAACUCGAAUAUUUUUAUAUUUUGUAAUUCAUUUUUGUCUCGUUUUAUUAAA